CUUCCACAAAGCUGCCUCUGGGCCUGAGGCAGGGCAGGACUGCUAUAAAAGGCAGCCCAAGUCUCUGCUCUCUCAUCCACUUCUCUCACCUCCUCCUCCUCCUCAGGAAUCAGGUGCACCUGUGAGCCCCAGCCAUGUCCUGCUGCCCCAAGUCCUGCGACCCUUGCUGCCAGCCCUGCGGCCCCUGCCCGCUGGCCAACAGCUGCAAUGAGUGCUGUGUCAGGCAGUGCCAGAGCUCCCACGUUGUCAUUGAGCCGCCUGCUGUGCUGGUGACCCUGCCCGGGCCCAUCCUCAGCUCCUUCCCACAGAACACCGCCGUGGGAUCCUCCAGCUCUGCUGCUGUUGGCAACAUCCUCAGCUGUGGCGGAGUGCCCAUCAGCUCUGGGGGCUUUGACAUCUCCUGCAUCACCAACUGCUAUGGUGGCAGCAGAUGCCGUCCCUGCUAAAGAUGCUGCUGGCAAUGUCUUCCGGCAAGAACGCCCACGACAUCUGAACCUUGUUCUGGGCAGAGACAGAGCUUCUGGACACUGUAGUUGGAACUUUGGACCAUCGCUUCCUUGUUCUCUUCUCCUCUCCUUUUCUGUCUCUCACUCCACAAGGCAGUCAAGUGUGGACCAGCCGUCCUUCCUUCCUCUGCAGAGCAGUGCAAAGAACACCACAUGGGAGCUCCAUCUUAGUGGCUGCUCCUGGUGCUCUCUGUGAGCCAUCUCCUUUUCUUCUUUAAACCUAUUAAAACUGUG